AUGGUGGAUAUCUCGGUUGGUGAAGUUUCCGGCUUCAUCGCAGCGGGCAUCUUUGUCUUGCAGGUCUUUUUCCCCUUGGCUAUACCAGCUAUUCUCAUUGCCUUCAUUUCAGACACACACACCCUAGUUACAUGGUCUGUUCUCGGCCGUUUUCUUCAAUCAACGCCAUGGCCAACGCUUCUCAGUGUAGAUACUGUGGCCAGCACUGGUGUUAGAAGGCGGGUCAAUUUUGUGUCCUGGUUUUUAACCGUGGCUAUAGCGCUGGUCGCGAUCACAUCUAUUGUCACGCCCUUGGGCCUGUAUGAGUCUAUCGAGCCUUCGGGUGACAAGGAGAAUACCCCAUUUCGAUAUAUUAAGGACACCUCAGCGUUUGGGUACGGAACACCACCACGCCCUGAUGGGUUUUUCUCCAGGUACUGCGGCACGACGUAUACAUGUCCGGGCUCUACUGUCGAGAGAAAAUGUGAGAAAAUCGGCCUCUUGGAAAACUGUACGUCGAACAUACAAACCGCCCUCCCCGAAAGCUUCAUCACUCCUUUUAGAGAUGGCGCCACCAAGUUUUCACCGUCUGUGUCAAGCAUCUUCGACAUCCAGUGGAGAACCUACAUAAACAAUGCAGAUGACCCAAGCAAAGGAAUUUUCGUGAAGCCCGCCUAUCGUCAGUUGGCGACUCUGUUACUAGAAGAUAAAAUCUUGCCCGUUGAAGGUCUUGUUGUCGACAUGAAGACUGGGGGACUAGGUUUCCGGGCCCACACAGUGCCUCAACAUCGUUACGAGUUCGGCAGCAGAUGGAACGAGGAUAUCUUGUUCAUCGAGCCGGAGACGCAAUGCGUGGAUUUGAAUUUUACACUGGACUUCGUACUGCCUCGCGACGUGUCGACUAGCGACCAAUAUGUGGAGGAUCUCAAAAUUGUUGACCAUGGUGGUUUCUCUGGACUCCAUGAUAACGCUGCUCCAAGCCUUGAGCGAAUAAGUUCGAACGGGCAGGUCGAUCUCAACCUGAAGGAUCGGGCAAUGAGUGCGGGGUGGUUCAAUAAUUUCUUGACAAUGGUGUUCUACAAUGUUACAGACCCCGAUAUGCGCAACAUCAAGCGUCUGGACGUGUCCGAAGGAGACACUUUUCCACUGCCGUCAUUUUCUAAAAAUACCACAUUCCGUGUUGGGUAUGACGUUUUGCGCUCGAGUAUGGAGUUCGGAGAAUAUCUCAAUCUAACGGGCAAAUCGGGCAUGAACGGCACUAAAUGGAGUGAGAAUCCGUUUGAUAUCAGCAUGAGAAACUUUUCUUUUAUCACAAAUCUUUGUGCGGGAUCUACAUUCGACAGCCCGGCAAAUAUCAACACCACUCUCGUAGGUUGCAGUCUCCUUUACGGCGCUGCAAAUCGAAUUGACAAGGACGGUUCCUCUCUCAUCGCAAACCCAGGCUCACGGUGGUCACUACCGGUCUACAGCUGCGCUUCUUCUGUGAAAGCCUUAGUCAAAGAAGUCACCUUCCAUUUCAACGGCACAACAUUCGAAGCGCUAGAAGUAAACUCCACAAAGCCCAAAAUCUAUGCAGACCAGGAAUCCAAACCCCUUUGGGCUGUGGAGGACCUCAAAGAAAUUCCCAUUUCAAAUGGAAAACCACUCUGGGGAAUCCUCGGCCCUUCAAAGUCGACAGGGGAUAUUAAAUUUCCCUCCAAUAUUUCCACCACGUUCCACGAACACCUUUUUCUCCCAGGUUACAUGGACGAUUACACAAUCCUCCUAGAAGGCAGCAGAGGCGUAUCAGACGCUGCGCAGAACCUUCCCGGCACUGAAUUCUACACUCAGGCUAUGCUCACCGCGCUCACAAUUACUCGCCCCGGCGGGAAUCGCGGAUAUGUGGACUAUUCGGGUUUUACAAGCUUAGCUCUAUUUGCCAAAUGGCAAAGCCUGUCUAAAACGCCAGAGGGUGCCGCUAGAAUCCUCGAUUUGGUGUGGACAGACUCGGCAGCCAACGCGGUCAUGGGCACGAAGGGUUGGGGCGUGACCAGUUUCUCUGCAACAGCACAUCAGCAACGGCAGAGGGGAAAGCCGCAAGAUGCGAAUGUUAGAUAUAAAAAGCGUGAGACGGCCAUAACAGACCCAGCGGAACAAAUAGUGCCCGUUACACCUUUUAAGAAAUACAUCCGCUACAAAAUCCCUUUCGCGGUGCCCGCGUUUAUUAUACUGACCGUCACCCUCGCGACGAUCAUUGCACUUACAGUUCUGUGUGUUGUGGGCCGGACAGGGUCAAAGCGGAUGCGAACAUUUCUAGAAGCCUCUUCGACUGGCAGGAUUAUCGGGAGCCUUGUGGCGGUGGAGGGCGAAGAAAAUAUAACCAUGGGAACAAAGGAGUGGGUUAAAAGUGUAGGCAGGAAGGUUGUAAAAAUUACAAAGAAGGGCAUUAGUUUGGAGGGAGAGGGGCAAAAGGAAAACGAUGAUGAGGCAAUUGCCGAAGACGAGCCAAUCGUUGGUGAUGAGGCAACUGCUCAAAAUGAUGAGCUCGGGGAUCCAGAAGACGAUGAGCGGACGCAGAUGGUGGGACAAAGUUCUUAG